UGUUUCCAUUCUCAAUGUCAUGUAUGUUCCCAAGAAUUCUUCCUAUAAGUCUAUAUUGGAUUCUACCAUUCAUAAUCGUAGGUUCUUGACACCUACUACCCCAAAACCGCUGGCCAUAAUCACUCCUCUAGAUUAUUCUCAUGUUCAAACCACCGUAAAGUGUUGCAAACAAAGUGCAUUGCAGAUCAGAAUCCGAAGUGGUGGGCAUGACUACGAAGGCACGUCAUACAGAUCUGAAGUUCCAUUUGUUGUGCUCGACCUCAAAAGCCUGAGGUCUGUUAGCAUUGACAUUGAAGCAAACACUGCUUGGGUUGAGUCUGGUGCAACCAUAGGCGAAUUGUAUUACUGGAUUGCAGAGAAAAGUCGUAUUCAUGGCUUUCCAGCAGGCCUUUGUCCAACUGUUGGUAUUGGAGGACACUUUAGUGGUGGCGGAGUAGGUAAUUUGAUCAGAAAGUAUGGGCUAGCUGCUGAUAAUGUCAUUGAUGCACGAAUAGUUGAUAUUAAUGGUAGAGUUCUAGACAGGAAAUCGAUGGGAACUGAUCUUUUUUGGGCCAUAAGAGGAGGUGGCGGAGCAAGUUUUGGAGUUAUAGUUGCUUGGAAAAUCAAGCUUGUCCAUGUUCCACCUAUAGUUACCGUUUUCAAAUUAACUAAGACCUUGGAAGAAGGAGCCAUAAGUCUAAUUUACAAAUGGCAAUUUGAAGCACACAAGCUAAGUGAAGAUUUACUCUUUAGAAUCAUAAUAUCACCAAGCAUUGGGAGGGAAGGAAUUGAAGCAACAUUCAGUUCAUUGUUCCUCGGUAGAGCUGAUCAGCUCCUGAAAAUGAUGGAGGAGAGCUUCCCCAAAAUUCGCCUGAGAAAAGAAGAUUGCAUUGAGAUGAGUUGGAUUGAAUCUGUUCUCCAUUUCGCGGAGUAUCAAAGUGGGGAAACUGCAGACGCCCUAAAAAACAGAAUAGAUCCGCGACGUCUUAGUUACUUCAAAGGCAAGUCAGACUUGGUUUACAAGCCCAUACCUUAUGAGGCAUUAGAAGAGCUCUGGAAAAGGUGUUCGGAUGCAAAUUCUCCUUUUAUCUACCUAGAAUUGCAGCCUUAUGGUGGAAGAAUGAACGAGAUACCAGAAUCAGAAAGUCCAUAUCCGCAUAGGAAAGAUGUGAUAUUUGAAAUCCUCUACAUGGUGUUAUGGAUGAACGAUGAGAAUGGUGAAUCUUCAGAAAGGAACAUCAAUUGGAUAAGAGCAUUAUAUGAGUUCAUGACUCCUUAUGUGUCUAAAGGGCCAAGAGGUGCUAUUUGGAAUGGUAGAGAUCUUGAUUUAGGUGUAAAUGGUGUUUCUGGCACUGUUACUUAUUCAAAAGCUAAGGCAUGGGGAUCAAGGUAUUUCAAAGAUAAUUUUAAGAGGUUGGCAGUCAUUAAAGGUGAAGUUGAUCCAAAUAAUUUUUUCUACCAUGAGCAAAGCAUUCCACCUCUGGUUUUCCAUGCACAACGAAAGUGUGGAAUACCAAAUAUGAAGUUUCUGGAUAAAUGUUCCUUACGGAAUGACUCAUGCCAUGUUCAAGUUUUCUAAUAUUGUAAAGUCCCUAGUUCCCACCCCCCCCCC